AUGAGAAUAAUUGGUGCUUUGAAUUCUAAUGUUGAUACAAAUUCAAGAAUUUAUGUUGCCAGUUUGAAAUUAACUUUUCCUGUUGGCGCUUUUGUGUUUCAUGUUUCGACAAUAAAAGUUCAGUUUUACGUUUCUUGUUUGUACAGACGAGAUCACAUUAGAAAAUUUUCAUCAAUCACUUGA